AUGGCCCCGAAAGACUCAUUGAAAUAUAUGCAGCCUGUUCUGUCAUCACUCAUCCAGCAACAUAGGAACAAUGUGCCUUCAACUACGAGCGAUAACACCAUUAGCAGCAGCGACGAUGAUAACUUCCAGGAACUUGAGGACGAAAGCCGCACAGUGAGUUAUGAAGGGGACUGCAAAUUGGAUGCUAAAUUGUAUACCGUUGGAGAUGGUAUACGGGCUGAUGUAGAUGUAUACCUCUGUCUGUGCGGGCUGCACCCGUCUAUUAUUGGGAAGAUUGACUACGAGCCCAUCAUCCUGGCGCUAGAUGAAUAUGCAGCAGUAAUUGCUUUGGUGGGCCGCGUUGUCACGCCCAUAUACCACCGUCAGUUCUGGGACUUCAUCGAGGCCUUAGAAGAGUCAGGAUACACAGCUGUGUAUAUUGGGGGGAAGAACCGUCUGUCUUGUCCAAGGGUUUGA